ACUCUACACAGCACGUUAGUAAUAAAAUGUCCUCCGAGUCUAUCGCAGGGCGAGUAUGGAGAGGUCUACGAUCCAUUGCCAACGCCUCCUCUCUUGAAACCACCAUUACUAACUUGCCAGAUGUAGUCCUGAGCAGUAUCUUCCAGCAUUUGCACUGGAAGGAAAAGCUAAUGGCAGUGAAAGCCUUCCCAGCAUGGAACAGAAUUCUUCACUCUAGUUUAGGCUUUAAGCAUUUUGAAAAUGACCGCGAGUAUGCACAGUCCGUUCAAGCUCUCGUGUCCAAUAACUACUUACUUGAAGAAAUCACAUGUAUUGCACAGUAUGGACAGUUCUUCACCCAUGCUGUUAUAUGGCUGGAAGUCUUUCCAUCCGCUGACAAUCCUGAGGAAACAGACUUGGCUCUGUUAGGUGCCUUAGCGACACACUGUUUUCGUCUAAAGUCACUGGUCAUCUACCACCCACCCAAGCUCUCCCCCUCCUCCAUUAUGCGUUCUGGUGCGCGCUACAUCAAACCUCUGCAGAGGAUGUUCAGCUUCAACCCCUCCCUGGACCUCAGUCUGUGUCGUGUUUCUUUCCUCUCUGAGGGAACGCAGGCUGGACUCUGCAAGCUGUUAGACUGGUACCAAGAGCACAAUGUGCUGCAGAAGGUUGCCUGCCUGGACUUUUCUCAUGGCAAAAUGGAAUCUACAUUGCGUCCUAUGAACUCUCUAGUCUACUGCACGUCACUACGUGUACUCAAAUGCCCGAUCCAAUAUCUGAAUACUCAGAUUUUGCAACAACUUGUAGAAUUCAACCUGCAGGAGCUGUGCCUCAUCAGUGAUGUGCAUACCGGUCAUCUUUUUUAUGAUGAGCAAUCAGCCAUUGACUGGCAUGGAUUGCAACUAAUACCUGGGCGGAACCUAAUGGUGCACUAUGUGUUUAGGUAUGAUGAUGUGGUCUUGUGCCCUAAUCCAUACGCACGCAGCUUGGCAUUGGACAGUCUUUGUGACGGCAUCUCUAGGGAUGUUCUGAUCUCUAUAGCCGAUACGUAUGGAGCGACACUAGAAAUGUUUAGCAUCAUUGAAGACGUCUGGUAUCCUAGUGAUGACCUUGUGAAUUUCUCGGAUUUGGAGGACCUGCCUACCACCUUCCAGUACCUGGCGUCUAGGCUGACGUGUGUGCACACUGUGGUGCUUAACCUCUUCAUCCCAAAAGAUGCACUUAUCAGCCUGGCUCGACAUGCCCCAGCUCUCAAGACGCUACUGGUCUAUGAACAUAAAAUUUUGUUUGGCGAACAUGCAGCUAACACAGAAGUAGAGGAACUGAAACAAAUAAUUUCUGAGGCACUUGGAUAUUCCUGGAAACCUUUGUCAGAAAAUGACACUUUUUAUGAACUAUCUGCCUAUAGGAAGAGUCUGCUGUUUGAGGAUUUUUUUCUCGACUGGUUAGAUUCGUGGAGUGUGUAGUACCCGGUCAAACUCUCGACAGCCAGUUCUGCGAAACAUUAUCACUCAGCGAGUGUUCUGAGUCGAAAUUUGAGCCCGACACCUUUUAGUUCUUACUAUAGUGGUUACAAGGGAAUGAUUUUACGUAGGACGGAGUGGGAAGGUAAAAACAUCAAAUGAAGGUAGAUAUAGAUAAUUUCCCAAACCAAUAACACCCCACCAAAAGGGAAACACACACACACACACACAUAUAUGCACUUAUGCACGCACGCACACACAUACACACAUAAAGCUUAUAUACAUAAACAUGGACAAUAAUACAUACAGACGCACAUACAUAAUACAUGCGUGUCAUUCUUUCACUGAACUUCGUUUUGGUGCGUGUGUGCAUGUCUGCGUGUGUGUCGGGGUGGGUGUAGUGUCGCACCUGCCACUGCGCGUUCGAUGAGAUGCCACCUUUCAUCUCGAUGAUUUCGAUUCUUUGUGAUCCGAAGACACCACAGUCCACAGACUCCCCUCUCUUUUGACCUCUGUUGAUCUCUGGAUGAUUGGGCCAGGAUUCCUUCUCCCUGCAAUGCCACUGAGUCUGUGGCCUGCACUGUGAGGAGACUGUGUCUGCAAAGGAUGUGCCAAAGUCUUUGUACAGUUUUUGUAUGUCAGCUGCAAAUGGUGGUGUAUGUGUAAACGCUGUCCUUCUGCGUGGAGUACAAACCACAGAGUACAUUGUUACUUAUAUUUGUAAUGUCACCAGAUGAUAUCAAUCUUUUCAUGAAGUG